AUGUUUAUAAAAAAAUAUAAUAACAUUUUUGAAAAAAAUGGGGAAAGAAUAAUGGGGACAAUAAUAUUACGUAAUAAUUUUAGUUCAAUUAGAUUUUUUUUUUCCAAGUCUCUUUAUAAAAAUAAAAAACCCUUGAACAUCGAUUAUAUAAAUAAAAUUCGAAAAAAUAAUGAACAAAACGAACAAAAUGAACAAAACGAACAAAACGAACAAAAUGAACAAAAUGAGCAAAUCAAAUGUAAGCAUAUAGAAGGAGAAAAUGUUUGUGGUCAGAUUAAUAAAGAAUAUAGAUACAGACAUAGAUUUAAUUUUAAUAGAGAAAUAUAUAAAAAAAAUGGAGAAGAUAAUAAAAGAAUAACUAAAAUAUGCGAAGAGUUAUAUGAAAAUAUAAAAAAAAAAGAAUAUAAUGAUUUUGAAAAUAAGUUAGUAUAUUCUAUUUCGCUAGCUGAAAAUGCAAUAGAAAUUUCACAGCUAAUAAAUGUAAUUAGCAAAUCGAAUAUUUUGGAAAUAUCUAAAAGGAAUAAAGAAUAUGAUGAUAACAAUAAAAUAAUAUCUUCAUAUAUAAUCUUAAUUAAUAAAAGCUUAAAAAUAUUUGAUAAUAUGCCAAUAAGGAGUAUAAGUUUAAUUUUAAAUAGUAUGGUUAAAUUAGGUAAUUAUCACACACAUUUUAUUGAUCUAUUUAUUAAAAAUAUAAAAAAUAUAAUAAAUAAAAGUAAUAAUAUAGACAUAUGUAUAUUUUAUCAUUUUUAUGUUAAUUCGUUAAAUAAUUUUUUAAUUUUAAAUGAAAAUAUGGAAGAUAUGUUAAAAUUAUUUUUGGACAAAAUAAAUAAUAUUGCUUUAGAAUUACAAAUAAAAGGAAUUUCAUCAGUUUUACGGUGUAAUAAAAAAUUAGUAAAAAAUAUGAACAAUUUGAAUAAAAUAAAUAAAAUAAACAAAAUGAGUACAGACUUAGAAAACCAAAUAAAUGAUAAUAAUUCCAUUUUAAAUAAAGAAGAUUUAAAAAUUAUUAACGAAAUAAAUUUAAAAUUAAAAAAUAAUUUUUAUAUAAAAAUGAACUAUGGAAGUAUACAACAAUUAUGUAACAUAUUAGAAGAUUUCGAAUUUUUUAAUUUAAUUGAUAAUGAUAUUUAUUAUGAUAUUUUAAAUAUAUUAAAAAUUCCUAGUAAUAUUUAUAAAUUAAAAAAUAUAGAUUUGAUAAAUAUAUUAAAUAAUAUAAAAAGUAGAAAUAAUAAAUAUAAAGAUCUACUUCCAUUGUCUUAUUUUUCAUUUAUUUUUGAUAUUUUAAAAGAAAAAAAUUAUUCAGAAUGUUUAACUAAUGAUUUAGCGGAAUUAAUAAAAUUAAUACAAUAUUUUAAAAAAAUGUAUAAUAAUCUUAAUUUUUGCAUGAACAAGUCAGAAAUUAUAUUAUUUAAAAGAAAUUUAAAUGAUGUGUUAUCAAUAUCAACACUUAUUUAUAUUUUACAUGAUUAUUCUAUAAUUAACAAACGUGAUACUUUAUUAAAUUCAUUUACUUUGAAAUUAUUUUACAGAAUAAUGGAAUGUUUAAAUAGUGAAAUAAUAGAUGAUAAUAAAAAUGUUUGUGAAUAUUUAACAAAAAUUCAAACUAGCGAAAAGUAUAAAUUAUUUGAUAAUAAUUUAGAAAAAAAAAAAAAUAAUAUUCUUGAUUUAAACACACAUUUGUUACUAAUAAAAUCAAUUGAUAUGCUUAUAGAUAAAAGUGUAAUAAAUAAUAAUGAUUAUAUUUUUUGUAAAAAUUUUAUUUAUUUUAAUUUUUGUAAUAAAUUGAAAAUUUCAAAUUGUAUAAAAUAUGAGGAAUAUGAUAAGUGUGAAAAAUAUAUUCAUUAUUAUUUAUAUAUAAUAGGUAUAUUUGGUAAAAUAAAACAUGAUAAUUUUUAUUUUUUAUUAUAUUUCAUAAAAAAUGCAUUAAUAUUAUCUGUUUAUUUUACAACAAAAGAUAUAGUGAUGUUAUUAAGGGGGGUAAGUAAGUGUUCUUAUUUGAUUGAUAAAAUUAAUUAUUUUUUUUUUGAUUCGACACUAAAUUAUUUAAGCUUUUUAAUAAUUAAAAAAAAUGAUAUAAAUUGUUUAGACUUGAAUUUGAGUAGCAAUAGUGGCAACAUUAGCUUAUUUGAAAAUAGGCAGUUAGCUAUAAAUAAAGUUGAAAGCUGUUUUGAUUUUGAAGAGAAAGAGAAAGAUAUGGUAAGCAUAACAAAUAAUAUGUAUAGACAAAUCGAAAAUAUAAUUCAAAUAAAUUAUAAAUAUAUUAAUACCUUGGAAAUAAACCAAUUAAAUAAAAACAAAUUUAAUAAUUUGACACACUUAUCCGAGUCUACAUUAGAUCAAUUUGAGAAUAAAAUGAAGUUUCAAAUUUCUGAAAAAUAUGAAAAAAAAAAAAAUAAUAAUAAUAAUAUUCUUGCAUAUAACGAAAAACAAAUGUGUUAUAUGGAUUGUUGUAAUAUAUUAUAUUAUAUGAAUAAGCUGAACUAUAUAAAUCAUGAUAUUAUAAAGUUAGUAAUAAAAAAUAUGUAUGUAAAAAUUAAUUAUUUAAAAAAUGAGCACAUACUUAAGGCCAUCAAUUCGUUAGCUAUGAUAAAAAAUAUCGAUAAAGAGCUUCCUUCUUUUAAUUAUUUUAUCAAAAAAUUGCUGUUUCAAUUUUGUUACAAUAUUGGUAAUGUCAGUGAAAAUAAUGAAAAUGGUGAAAAUGAUAAAAAUGGUAAAAAUGGUAAAAAUAGUAAACAUGAUAAACAUUCCAAUUGUGUGCAUAAAAUAGACGAACUAAUAAAAAUGUUUUAUAUAAUAAGUAAAUUAUCCACAAAAAAUGAAUAUAAAAAUAAUUUAAUAAGAAAAUAUAUUUUAAUAUUAUUAGAAGAGUUAUUCGAAAAAAAUAACUAUCAUCAUAUAAACAACACUCUUAUUCUUCUUACUAUUAAAGCUUUUAAAAAUAUGUAUCCAUAUCGCUAUAUAAAGCUAGUUAAAAUGGUCAUAAGCUGGAUUAAUGACGAAAUUGGAAAUGAAGAAAUUUUUAAGAAUAAAAAUAAUAAUUUAAUUAAUUUUGAUUUUUUAAAAACUUAUUUUUCUGUGUUACCUACAUUAGUUAAUCCAACAACAAACAUUUAUUCUGAUAUAAAUGACAAAUAUUUAUUAACAAGUAAGAAAUUAUUUUCUAUAUUACAUGAACAGUUCAGGCAAAAUAAUUGCAUAAAAAAUGAUGCUAUAUCGGUAAUUGUGGAUUUUAUGAAUAUUUCUUUCCAUUAUAUGGAUAAUUUCUUUUUGGAAAAUUAUCCUAAUUUAAUUUUAUACAUAAUUAAUGAAAAAGAAAUUUUAUCAAAGGAACAAUUUUGUUUAUUUUUGUUAAAUUUUAAAUAUUUAUCAAAUUGGGGACUCAAAAUUAAAGACAAUCAAAUUAGCGAAGACAAUUAUAAUAUAGACAGUCAAAAUAAAUAUACUGAAUUAUACAAUUUGAUUGAAAAAAGUUUUAACGAAUUUUUGAAUAAUGAUAAAAAUAAAUAUAUGAAUGAAAUAAUUUAUGGAAAUAAUAAUCCAAAUGAUGAUGGAAAUGGUAAUUUGAAUUAUGACUUUAGUUUUAAUAAAAAAAAGUUAACAUUUUUAGAUACCGAAGAUAAUAAUGAGGAAGAAAUAAUUUCUAUGGAAUAUAACAGUGUUAAUAUAAAUGAUUUAUUUGAUAUAAAAAAGAAUAAUUUGAAUAGUGAUAUUAUAAAUAAAAAAGAAAAAAAAAAAAAUCUUUAUAAAUUUGUAGAAAAUAAUGAAAGAAAAGAGGGGAAACAUGAAUUGUGUGGAAAAAAAAAAAAUAGAUUAAACGAAUUUGAAAUUAUUUUGAGGAAAUAUGCAUAUUGUCAAAAUAAUGCAAAAGAUAAAAUUGAAAUUGUAAAAAAUAAAAAAAUAUUUUUAUUUGAUAUUAAAUAUAUUGAAUUGAAAAAAAAUAUUAUUUUUGAAUUUUUGGAGGAACAAAAUUAUUUUAAGGAACCUGAUGAUUCAACUAUAGAAUUGUUACCACAUAUAAAUUUGCGAUUAUUAAUUUUAAAUAAAUUAAAUUUUUAUAUUUUUAUUAUGCCUUUUUUUGAAUGGGAUAGUUAUUAUGGUAGACUAGAAAAAGCUAAAGCGAUUUUCCACAAAUUAUUAAGCAUUACAAAUAAUACUAAUUCAUAUCCUAUACAAACAAAUAGGGACAGUGUUUUUUCAUCUAUUGGUCAAUAUAAGUAA